AUGUUGUUGAAACAUAACGGAUCAAAUUGCCAGAACCACAGAAAUGUAUCCAGAUGCAGCACGAGUCAAGAGAUUCCGGUGUGCGCAGGCUGUAAUCAGCACAUUACAGAUCGCUUCAUUCUGAAGGCGCUGGACCGCGACUGGCACAGCACGUGCUUGAAGUGCAGCGAUUGCCAAGGCCAGCUCGCAGACAAGUGCUUCAGCAGAGGCGAUGGGGUCUACUGUAAGGACGAUUUCUUCAAACGGUUUGGCACUAAAUGUGCGGCCUGUCAGCAAGGCAUUCCACCUUCCCAAGUGGUACGGAGGGCACAGGAAUUCGUGUACCACCUGCACUGUUUCGCAUGCAUAGUCUGUAAGAGGCAGCUGGCCACAGGAGACCAGUUCUACCUGAUGGAGGACAGCAGGCUCGUGUGCAAGGCUGACUAUGAGACUGCCAAGCAAGGAGAAGCGGACUCCUCCGCGAAGAGGCCGCGGACCACCAUUACCGCCAAACAGCUCGAGACGCUGAAAACCGCCUACAACAAUUCUCCCAAACCCGCAAGGCACGUGAGGGAGCAACUGUCGUCGGAAACCGGCCUGGAUAUGAGGGUUGUGCAGGUGUGGUUCCAGAACAGGAGGGCAAAGGAAAAGAGGCUGGAGAAGGACACGGGGCGACAGCGAUGGGGGCGGUAUCUGCGCGGGAUGAAGAGGCCCCGGGGCCGUGCCAAAGACAGAGGCCAUGUUCUGGACGAAAGCACGGACAGCGAUGCUGCGGUCUCCUUUACAGAUGAGUCAUCCAUGGUGGAGAUUGGCCACUCGAAUGGCAUAUACCACAGCCUGAGCGAGGUGUCUCCCGAACUGGGCAGGCAGGGAGGCGACCACGCCCGCUUCAUCCAGGCACAAGACCGGUACCGGAACGUCCGCUUGAGCAGCCCUUACACCCUGAGCCCAAACCUCAUCUCCGGCAUGGUGUACCCUGACUCGGGACGGUCUGCCGCGACACAGGGUGGGGCUGGCGGGGUGGCCCUGGGCAGGCCGGGGGUGGUGGGGGCGAACGGACCCAGCUUGGACCUGUCCCCGGGCAGUAGUGGGGGUUACCCGGAUUUCCCAGCUAGUCCAGCGUCCUGGCUGGAUCACAGUCAGUUCUGA